AUGGAAUAUGACAACAAUCACGAUGAUGAUCAGCAGCAGCAGUAUUACCAACAAGAGUCGCACAGCCAACAGCAUCAACAAACCUCGACAGCGACAGUGAACCAAGCUAAUGCUCCGAAAAAAUCAUCAAAGCAAAAUAAUGCUCUGCCACUUUGGGGUAACGAAACGUCGAUGAACCUUAACCCAUUGAUUUUAGCAAACAUUCAGGGAUCUAGCUAUUUUAAAGUGUCCUUGUUCAAACUAAAGACUUACCAUGAAGUUGUAGACGAAAUAUAUUACCAAGUAAAACACUUGGAACCAUGGGAACGAGGAUCUCGAAAAACAGCGGGACAAACUGGAAUGUGUGGAGGUGUCAGAGGCGUAGGAGCAGGCGGAAUUGUUUCGACAGCUUUUUGUUUGUUGUAUAAACUAUAUACAUUACGUUUAACACGGAAGCAGGUUAAUGGACUUCUUUCACAUGGCGAUUCUCCAUACAUACGUGCACUAGGAUUUAUGUAUCUAAGGUACACUCAACCACCAGGGGAUCUGUUCGAUUGGUACGAACCAUAUCUUUUAGACGAAGAGGAAAUCGAUGUUAAAGCAGGAGGUGGUCAGUUGUUAACAAUUGGGCAAAUGAUCCGACAAUGGCUUACAAAAUUGGACUGGUUUUCAACACUAUUUCCACGUAUACCGGUACCAAUGCAAAAACAGAUUGAUGCUAAACUUAAUCAAUAUGCUCGGGAAAACGGAGUGUCCUUUGUAGAUACGCAGCCCGAGCGUGGUGGUGGAGCUCCUGCUACAGGUGGAAAAGCAAGUCGUGGUGGAGUUGGCGGUGCGUCAGCGGUGGUUUCUCGAGCAGGAUCCACCGCGGGAUUUACAGAUGAAAGGGAAUCAGGACGCUACGACCGUGGAGUUGCAGAACAGUCUUUUAAGGAAAAAGCAGUCAAGCGGGAAAUGUUUGACCACUGUGAUCGAGAUGCAGGAUAUAGAAACCGUUACGAACGUUAUGAUGAACGACGUCGUGACCGUAAUCCUAAAGAUUACAGAGGACAGGACUCCGAUCGUGACAAGGACAGAGAAAGGUACAAAGAGCGUGAUCGCGAAAGAGAUAGGCACAGAGAACGUGAUCGGGAACGCAAUCGGGAUAGAUCGCGAGACCAUCGUGACCGUAAAGAAAAAUCUCGCAGUGAUCGAAGGUCAAGGAGUCGCGAUCGAGAUUACCACCGAGAUCGAAGACAACAUUAGCGCUUUACGAGACAAAACAUAAUCCUUUGUCACAUUUUUGUAUAAUUUUUAGGAACAAAUUUCUUCAAUUAUCGCCACCGGCUGAUGGUAUGCCUGAAUUGAAUUGAA